AUGAUUAUGAAACGUAAUGUUUCCGGUGUUAUGCCUAAUAUGGGUUUUUCUUGUAUUACGGGCCAAGUAUUAGAAUUUGUUCCAUUUGAAGAUAUCUUUGGCAUUGAGCAUCUUGGUAAGGGCGGUUAUGGCAGUGUAUAUAAAGCCAAAUGGACACGCGGCCCUAUUGAAUAUUAUGACAAUGAUGUUCAUGAAUGGCACAGAUCUGGAGAAAAAGAUAUCGUUCUCAAAAGCAUAAAAAGUUUAAGUAAUAAUAAUAUACCUGAUAAAGAGAUUAAAGCUCAAAUGACCUCAUUUGUGGAUAUUGGUUAUACCAUUAGUGAAAAUCCAGAUGAUCGGCCAACUGCUUUAGAGCUGUGUGAUGUGCUAUAUGGCUGUAGGCAAAAAGGCCACGAAAUAUGGACUCAAAUUGAACUCAUUGAAAAAAAUAUGACUUUUAACGUUCCCCCAGAAAUGGCUUCUUUACAUUAUAUAACAUCAGAAAACGCAAUCUAUACUAGUCGAUUACUUGAUAUUUCACAGGAAUUAGUAAAUAAUAUUAGUACUAGCUUACUAUCAGAGACAGAAUUAAAGGAAUUGAUGAUACAUGAUACUGCUAAUAGUGAUCCUUUCAACAAUAUUAAAUUUUUUGCAUUUACACCUGUUAUUAAAAAUGGCAGUAAAUCUGUUUUUUUGGGAGACUCUAUGUCAGAGUUUGUUUCAAUACGUUCAACCAUCUCUCCCGGAACAUCAGCUGAUGCAAACGACGAAGUCAAACGAUUGCUCUCAUUACUCGAAGACAAGACAAACGAUAUUAAUCAUAUACUGGACCCACUGCAAGUAUAUGCGGUUGGUCCUGAUUUUCAGAAAGACUAUUCUAUGCCAUGUAUCGCUUGUUGGAGUACCGAGAGUCUAGAUGACAAGGUUAUAGAAAGACUUUCAAAAUUGUUCGAAGACAAGUAUAAGGUUGUAAACAAAGUGGGUUUAUUGGAUACUAGUGUAAAUAGUGGUGAUAGUGGUGAUAGUAUUCAAGAUGAUUUAUUUAAUAAUAAUAGUAUCACCAGCGAGUUUAAUAAUAAAGGAUCAUCUAAGGAAGAAGAAUAUAUCACUAUUACAUCUACAGCUACAGCUGUUGACAAAAACAAUCCAAAAAAAAAUUGUCAAGACUUCAGUAUUACCGUUAAGAUCUUGGCAAAGGUCAUCCCUGUCAUUAAUAAGUCAUACUUGAACAUUUUGGAGUUUUAUGUUAAUGUAUAUGAUUGUAAAAUGGGGCCUAUGCUUAGUAAAAAUUGGAAAUCACUUCAUGAUUUGGGUUUUGGAUAUUUUUUAGAUUCAGUAGAGAUUAAAGUUUCUCCAAUUUCACUCGAAAACGAUAAUAUAUCUCACAUGAUAGUACCAAAGAGUGAUUAUAAACAACCACAGCAACUCAAUCGGCCUACUGAAAUCACAUCAGAUCAUGAGACAAACAAAGGAGUUGAAGGUCAGAUCAAUGGUAGUCUGCCCAAUGGAGUUUUAGGUUUUCAAAUUAAAGGUAAUUAUGGUGUAAAGAAUGCUAAUAGCGCUAAAACAAUGACAUAUGAAUGGAAAGUAGAGCGUGAAGGUAGUAAUAAAACUGGGGUGUGCUGGACAUAUAGGCCUGUUAAAAAUAUUUAUGAAAGAGAAUAUGUUCCAGGCGAUCAUUCUGGUCAAUGGUAUACUUUAAAUACGAUGCGUGGGUUUAAAAUAACCAUUACACAAAUAUUGCGUUGCGAAUUCCGUGGCCGUGGCUGGGGUAAAUCAAACAAAAAAGUAAAGCUGAUAAAACUAUGCCCCAAAAUGGCUCACACAUUGGAAAUAACUUUCAACAGCAUUGAUAAUUUUAAUGAAAAUUUUGCAAAACUUAAAAGAGAUUAUUUCGAACAUGAAAACCUUAUUGCUACACUAAAUGCCAGUAACAUGCAUAACAUUGAAAACACCCUAAAAUGUUCAGAUACUUUUAUAAUAGACCGUAAAUUUUUACAAUUGAACGAAUAG